AUGACGCAAGCGCGCUCGCUCCACGUCGCCUGGGCAGCCAAGAUGGCGGCGGCGGAGGGGAGCGGCGUCGGUGGGCCGUUGUUUGCAGGUCUCGCGGAUGUGUCAAUAUCUGAAGAUAUUCCAGUGGAAGGGGAGAUUACUGUUCCUGUCGGAUCUCGCUCUCCUGAUGAAGACUACUCCACACUGGAUGAGCCUGUUAGGGACACUAUUAUGAGAGAUCUGAAGGCUGUUGGGAAGAAAUUUGUCCAUGUCAUGUAUCCGAAGAAGAGUAGUGCGCUCCUGAGAGACUGGGAUCUGUGGGGCCCUUUGGUGCUUUGUGUCUCGCUUGCACUGAUGCUUCAGGGUGGAUCAGCAGAUAGUAAAGACGAUGGAGGGCCCCAGUUUGCUGAGGUCUUUGUCAUCAUCUGGUUUGGUGCAGUUGUCAUCACACUAAACUCAAAGCUUCUUGGAGGAACUAUAUCCUUUUUUCAGAGCCUGUGCGUUCUGGGUUACUGUGUCCUGCCCCUGACAGUAGCGAUGCUGGUGUGCAGGCUGGUACUGCUGGCAGGUUCUGGAACUGUCAGCUUCAUUAUACGUCUUAUUGUAGUAGUAGCUAUGUUUGGUUGGUCAACGUUAGCAUCUACAGCUUUCCUGGCAGACAGUCAGCCUCCAAACCGCAAAGCUCUUGUUGUGUACCCCAUCUUCCUCUUCUACUUUGUUAUCAGCUGGAUGAUUCUCACCUUUACACCUCAGUGAUCUCCGAUCAGAAGAGACUGUGUAAUAUGGACUGAAGUUUUUUCAUGAGCACUGCAGUUCAUCAUUGGCUUUAUCUCUUUCUAAUUUAUAUAUAGAUAGAUAUUGUAAAAAGGCAGGUUAUGGGAUAAAGCCAGAGAACUGCAAAAGUUGGUCGUUUGUGUGUCCCUCUUUUUGAAAGAUACAGAGGUCCAGCUGCUGAGGGCUUUUUUAUUUAGCCCGGCUCUUUAGUUGCGUUAAAUAAAAAAUGCCCACUGUGACAGGGAUUAUUCCACCUAAGGAAUAGAGUGGGAGAUCCUGGAAUUUCAAGACGUUGGGUAGAUGAAGAUGAAGUUAUACGAUCGCACGACUUGGCAGAAUUCUUGCUUGUGCUUGGAUUCUCACUGAAGAUGAAUAUGCCUUAUGAAAUAAUAGAACUUCAUUGCUGUUCCAUGUUGGGUAGGGAAGAAAUGUGUUCAACUCCUUUUUCAUUCACUUACAGAGUGGUGAAAUGUAUAUAAAGUGCAUCAUAGGACUGUGAGCUCUCACUUUGAAACUAGAUUUCAGCAAAAAAUAAGUUUGGUCCAUUUUGCAGUUAAUUGGAGCUGGGCGGACAGGAACUGCCUUUGCUCAUAUACAUGUGUUGUGUAUUUGUUUCAUCCCUUCGUGUGUCAAGAAAGAGUGUUUCAGCCAAAUGCCUUCAACACCAUAGUUACACUGACUAAUCCACGUAUCUUGAGAGGGAGUGUGUUUACACUGGAUAGUUACAAAUCUUUUCAUGUGAUGGUAGAUUAGACAGUUAAAAGUCCUGGAGAAACAGUCAAAACUAGUUUGCAACAGGGACUUAGCUAUCACUCUGCAUACUGAGAAUGGGAAAUUGUUUGGAGAGCACAAAGUAAAGUGUGUGUGUAUGUAUAUAUGUUAAAAAA